ACUUGUAAUAAUGGUUAGAAUGAUGGGCUGGGAAGCUCCAAAAAUAGGGUUGAAGAAAGGUCCUUGGACUCCUGAAGAAGAUAAACUUCUUACUCAGUAUGUUAGCUUGCAUGGUGAAGGAAGAUGGAGUUCAGUAGCUAGGUCUGCAGGUUUGAAUAGGAGUGGGAAGAGUUGCAGGCUUAGGUGGGUGAAUUAUCUAAGGCCAGGUCUUAAAAGAGAUCAUAUAACACGUCAAGAGGAAGGGAUCAUAAUUGAAUUGCAUGCACUUUGGGGUAACAAAUGGUCUACAAUUGCCAGAUACUUGCCAGGGAGAACAGAUAAUGUGAUAAAGAACUAUUGGAGAACCCAUUUUAAGAAGAAGGAAAAGUCCUCUCCGAAGCAACAAAAAAGAAAAGCUCAGAUUCUAAAGCUAAACCAACAACAGCAGCAAAAGGAAAAAACAGAUAAAAAAGAAGAAGCAAUCGAGACCACUGAUCAGAUACCCAAAGAGAAACAUGAGAUGAUAUUCAUGUACCCUACUUCAGAGGAUCAGUGCUUGCCUCAAGAGCCAGCUUCUCACACUGCUAAUGCAGCUUCUUGGAUAGAUCAGUAUCUGGUGGAUGAAGAGUUAUGGGGUGGGUGGUGGAACCUAGAUGAUGAUCAUCAGGCUGGUAAUUGCUGCAACAAGAUUUCCAUGCAUCGCCCAGCAAAUACAUGUUAUUAUAAUUGCUUUGGAGGGGAUUCAAGAAAUGUGUACAACGGAGGCUACAUUUUCUAA